AUGAAUUGUGAGGGGCUAGAUGAGUGGAGAGAGUUUUUUAAGGGUGCAAAUGGAAGUAUAUUUAAGGUCAUCAGCAGUGCCAUCACAGUCGCUGCAAAAGAUCACCCUGAAGAGUUCAAACUCAAAAGGGGUGAAAUUGUUGAGACAGUAUACUCAUCCUUUUGUUCCCUGCAUUGUUAUCAUCACCACUAUGAGCUAAGCCAGUCUGAGAAGGUAAAACAGGAGAGCAGCUUUAAAGAUGAGCCUCAAGGUGUUAAAAGUAGGCCAUAUGGAAAUGCAGUUGAUUUGGCACAUUGUAAGGAGGCUGGGUGUGACGUGAUCAGAGAUGAUGCAAAUAUGAAGACUGUCCCAGAAAGCAAAUAUAGUUACAGCGAAGCAGAGGCCUGA